AUGUCGAUCACCACAGCUCAAACCAAGCCCAAGAAAACCGCUGCAGCAAAGAAGCCACUCUCUCAUCCCACUUUCGCUGAGAUGAUAACUGAAGCAAUCACAAGCCUGAAAGAGAGAACCGGUUCAAGCCAAUAUGCUAUAACAAAAUUCAUCGAAGAGAAACACAAGGACUUACCUCCGACUUACCGCAAGCUUGUUCUCCUCCAUCUCAAGAAAUCCGUCGCUUCGGCAAAGCUUGUCAAGGUGAAAGGCUCCUUCAAACUUGCUCCGGCGGGUGCAAAAACUGCUCCGGCCAAGACAUCUGCUGCUACAAAAGCUCCUAAAGCUUCUGCCAAGCCAAGCGCAAAGGCUGUUACAAAGUCCAAGGCCAAAGCUACUGUGAAGCCGAAAGCCAAAGCUGCGGCUAAGCCGAAAGCUGUUGGGAAGCCGAAGGCGAAGAGUGUGAAGGCUACUCCAGUGAAGAAGGCUGUCGCGAAGAAGGUUGUGAAGAAGGCGAAGAGUGUUAAAAGUCCGGCGAAGAAGGUGAAAAGCGUUAAAACUCCGGUGAAGAAGGCUAAGAAGUGA